AUGGGAAACCACAUCGAUUUAACCAUCACGCGAGACAUUGAAAUGGAAGCAGCAAUAGAAUUCAGGAAAGCACUUCUAACACUGGUGAUGGUGAUAAUAGUGGUUAUGGUAAUGUGUCCCACAUGCGUUGUGGCAAAAAGUAGGAAUGAAAUCUACCGCUUGUUCAAAUAG